AUGUCCCAGUCCAACCACCCACCACCACGCGCACAACCACCACCCUUGACACCCCUCACACGCACCCGCCCUCGCGUCCUCCGCCUGUCCCCCGCCACCAGCCCUACCACCGCCGCCGCGUCUGCAGGCAUCACGGACGACGAGGCCUUUGCAGCCGCGUACAAGGACGCCGUGUUCGUGCCCCCUCCCCCCGCCGACGAGUUUGUCUCUGCGUACUCUAGGCGCGGGUACUUCCGUCUCGCGUCCUCCCUCAACGCCGCGCACGCGGCGCCCUACACCCCACCACCGAAGCCAGCGGCCGCACCCACCAACGCAAUGUCGCGCCCAGAACAGGCCAACACGCGCUCACCGCCCACCGCCCAGUCUUCACAACAGCACACGUUAGGCAUCGGCCGCGCGCCGAUCACGCCGACCCAACCGCAGCGCACCACGUCUGAUCCCGUCGCCGUCGCCACCCGCCCCGCCGCGGUCGACAUGAACCGCAGCAUCUCGGCACCGGCGGCGCUGCCACCCAUCUUCGUCUUCGGCGCUGGCGUCCAACAGAGUGUGCCAGCGGCGAUCCACCCCAGCUUUGACUUUACGAGCAAGACCGACGCGUCGUCGUCAAAUACCACGGCGCGUCGCGUGUCCAACGCGUCUUCAAUUGCCACCAACGCGCGGGAUUCACCUCCGCGCCGCGCCUCCUCCACGGCGUCCUCGACCAUGACCCACAUCAGCUCCCUUUCGCGUCGCACUUCCGACGCGUCCUCAUCACACGACACCUCGGAGCCCCGCUCACCUCCCGCCCUCUCGACUUACGUGGCAUCCUCCGACGACUCCUCCGAGGCACUCUCGCAACCGCGUCGCGCCUCUGAACACCCAGAGGAACCACAUCCCAAGCGCGCCAGGCUCACCAAGCCGCGCAAGUCGACCACCUGGGUCACCGGCGACACGUUCCUGAUGCCCUCCGACAGGGGCGUGACGUUCAAGGUCUAUGGCGAGCAGCUCUGGUUGGCCAGCCCCAAGCUCCGCCGCCUGCACUUAGCAAACAAGAAGCACAUGAUCACUUUCACGCACCCGCUCGAGACCGCCGACAACAUCGAGAUGGCCCUCAACCUCCUCCUGAAGCGUCAACCACCUGCUGAGCCCGAGUCCGCGAUCCCUCUCCUCCGCCUCCUAGCCCACUGGGAGUGCGACCGCCAGCUCAAGGUUGUGAGCGAGCUCGCAUGGAGGUCCCUGAAUGUUGGCGGCAUCAGCUGCGAGCUCGCGUUCCGCAUUGCCGCCGAAGCGGACGACUACGAGCUGGCCUUCCGCGUUGUUGCCGCCCUGUACGUCGCGGACGACUUUGGCAGUCCUCUGGCUGCUCUCCCAGACCAGGUACGGCGGUACUACAUUGCGCUGCGCGCCGCAUACAUCGAUGAGGACGAAGACGGAGAGGAGGACGUGGAGCAGGCUUGGGCCCGCCACAUGCGUGAAACGAGGCGCGGUACGGCGGCGCUCGCUCUGUGGACCCGCAAGUAG